AUGGGUGGGGAAGUUCCCUUUCGCCCCGCUGCCCCAGCUCUACCCCGGCUAGCUGAGCGCCCGGUCGGUCAGCGCAUCCACAGCAUCUACACCGAUCGGCUGAAACAAUUCACUUCAAACGGCCAGUAUGAAGGCCAAAACCUCAUAUCAAAGUACUGGGAAGCCACAAAUUCCGACGAACACCAUGUCAAGCUCUCUGUUUACUCGGUCCCAGACCUCCAGCGACCGACCUUCGAGGACGCAACUUCCCAAGAGUUCAGGCCAACCCACAUUGGCGCUUCCUUCGGCCCGAGCUGGUCUACACAUUGGUUCCGCAUUCACCUUACUGUCCCACAGGAUAUGCUUGAUCGGGAGCAUUUGGAGUUCCACUGGGAUGCUCAUAAUGAGGGUCUGAUCUGGACAGAGGAUGGCCACCCGCUGCAGGGUUUGACGGGCAAUGGAGAGCGGACUGAGUUUAUUCUUCCCAAGGAGUGGUGCGAUGGAAAGACUCACACGUUUUACAUUGAGAUGGCUUGCAAUGGCAUGUUUGGCAAUGCUCCAGGUGGCGAUUCGAUUCAGCCGCCGAACCCUGACAAGUAUUUUACACUCAGCACGGCUCGUAUCACAGCGGUGAAUCUGGCUGCUCGAGCCUUAUACUAUGAUUUCUGGAUCAUUGGGGAUGCCGCGCGGGAAUUUCCCGGUGACUCUUGGGAGUCGCAUGAGGCAAACGUGGUGGCCAAUUCUAUUAUCGAUGCUUUCAUCGCUGGCGAUGGAAGCAACGAGGCUAUUGAGAAAGGAAGGAAGAUUGCUCAGAAAUAUCUUGGUGACAAGGUUGAUUCGUCUGAGGUCUAUAAAACGGACACUCAGCCGAUCGUUUAUGCAAUCGGCCAUUGCCAUAUCGAUACCUGCUGGCUGUGGCCCUGGGCAGAGACCAAGCGUAAGGUCGCACGCUCAUGGUCAAACCAAUGUGAUCUGAUGGAAAGGUAUCCGGAACAUAGGUUUGCCUGCUCUCAAGCGCAACAGUUCAAAUGGCUAAAGCAGUAUUACCCAACGGUUUUUGAGCGCGUGAAGAAGUGGGUGAAGAAGGGUAACUUCCAGCCAAUUGGUGGCAGCUGGGUUGAGCACGAUACCAACAUGCCAAGCGGCGAAUCGCUGGUUCGGCAGUUCCUGUACGGACAGAGAUUCUUUGAAGCCAACUUUGGCAAGCGAGCCACAACAUUCUGGCUACCGGACACCUUCGGUUACUCUACUCAAAUCCCUCAGAUCUGCCGUCUGGCUGGCAUGAGCCGCUUCUUUACUCAAAAGCUCAGCUGGAACAACAUCAAUAACUUUCCCCACACGACUUUCCAAUGGGUUGCCUUAGAUGGUAGCCAGGUGUUGUGCCACAUGGCCCCGGCAGAGACCUAUACGGCUGAGGCCCAUUUCGGUGAUGUGAAGCGCAGUGUCACUCAGCACAAGUCAAUGGACACGGAUAAGACAUCUUUACUUGUUUUCGGAAAGGGUGAUGGAGGUGGCGGUCCGACUUUCGGACACCUCGAGAAGCUGCGUCGCUGCCGUGGUCUCAGCGACAAAGUUGGCUCACUCCCACGAGUGAAGAUGGGCGAGUCUGUUGAUGAUUUCUUCGCCGGGCUCGAGACCAAGGCUGCCAAUGGAACGGACUUUGCUACAUGGUAUGGAGAGCUUUACUUCGAGUUGCACCGUGGUACAUAUACAACCCAGGCGAACAACAAGCGCAAUAACCGGAAAUCGGAGUUCCUUCUGCGCGAAAUCGAGCUUCUUGCAACUUUGGCCACUGUCCAUGAUUCUGGUAAUGGGUACAAAUAUCCCAAAAAGGAGAUUGACGAGAUGUGGGAAGGAACCCUUCUUUGCCAGUUCCAUGACUGCUUGCCUGGCAGCUCGAUCGAGAUGUGCUAUGAUGAUUCUGAUGAAUUGUAUGCUAAGAUCUUUGAGAUUGGCACAAAGCUGCGAAAGGAUGCUCUUGAGGCACUGGGUGUUAUUGGGAAGUCUAACGGACGAGAUCUGGUGGCUCUGAACACUUUGCCAUGGCCUCGAACGGAAGUUGUCAAGAUCCCUUCCGCGCUGUCAACGACAACUGAGCCUGAGUACGCCGUAGCUUCCGGGUCUACUGGACCCAUUGGUUUCAACCAGGACAACUUAUCGGGCAUGACGGUUACUGUGAAGGAAAUCCAGCCUGGUGUCUUCCGCCUGCAGAACGACAACCUCAAAGUCGAUGUCAAGGAUGGUGUCAUCACCUCCCUCUACGAUAUUGAGGCCGACAGGGAAGUCGUCGCGAAGGGCGGCAAUGCUGGCCAACUAGUAAUCUUUGACGACAAGCCUCUCUACUGGCAAGCCUGGGAUGUUGAGGUAUUCCACCUCGAGUCCCGCAAGGAACUACCCUCUGGAAAGACCGCCAUUGUUGAAAAUAGCCCGCACCGGGUCAGUGUUAUGACGGAGACGAAGAUCAGCGACAAGAGCUGGAUCAAGACAACCAUCAGUCUUUCGCGAUCGUCGACAGACGCACCAUCCUACGUGGAGAUGGAAAGCGAGGUAGAAUGGCAAGAGACCAUGAAAUUCCUCAAGGUCGAGUUCCCCGUAGAUAUCACCAACACGGAGGCAUCCUACGAGACUCAAUACGGAAUCAUCAAACGCCCAACUCAUUACAACACAAGCUGGGACAUGGCCAAAUUCGAAGUCUGCUGCCACAAAUGGGCAGAUCUCUCCGAAAAUGGCUACGGAGUCUCCAUUCUAAACGACUCAAAGUAUGGCUUCGCAACCUGCGGUAACCUAAUGCGCCUGUCCCUACUUAGAGCCCCCAAAGCACCAGACGCACACGCCGACAUGGGCCGCCACAACAUCCGCUACGCAAUCCUCCCACACGCUGGUCCGCUAGACGAUCGUACCGUCCGCGCAGGCUUCAAUUUCAAUAACCCACUCGUUGUUGAGCAAGCCGGGCCCAGGGCAUCAGCAGCCGCGGAGAUCUUCAAGGCUGUUUCUAUCGAAGGUGCGCCAUCUUUGAUUUUGGAUGUUGUUAAGCGUGGUGAGGAUGAUGAGGAUGUUGCGUCGGACGGUGUUCCCACGCGUCCUGGGAAGAGUGUUAUUCUCAGGGUUUAUGAGUCGCUUGGUGGUAAGGCGAGAGGAUCAAUUGUUACGACUUUGCCUGUUAAGAAGGUUUGGAAAUGCAAUGUUCUCGAGGAUGACGAGGAGCUUUUGGAGCCGAAGAGGACUCAGGAUCGAACUGGUGCUGUUGAUAUUGAGUUGAGGGCUUUCGAGGUUGCUACGUUUAGAUUGCAGCUUUGA